UGCCCCCCCCAGUCUGGGGCUCCGGGUAAAGUUUCAGCCUCCGCACGUGACUCGCCAUGGCCGCUGCUUUAGCCCCGCGCCCCUGAGCCAUGGUCCCCCAAACCGCUCCUCUCCCUGGACCCCGCAACCCCUGACGCCGCGUGACUCCAAGGCUCAGGGUCAGGGCAUACGCUGUGCCCGCGGGUGACCCGGACGGAUUGCUUCCCCCUACUGCGAGCAUCACGGGACAUGGCCCCCACAGCCGCCUAGCCGGGGCCCACCCAGGAGAGGCUUCCUUUUCGGCAUCCUGAAGGCCCGCUCUGGACCUUCCCGGGAAAGUGCCAGCUCGCAGAACCGCUUGACCAAAGGACUGGCUCUUAGGACGUCCCCCAGCCCACCGGCCCCCCCUAGAGUGGGGGUGCCAGGAGCCUGAGAUUAGCCUGCUGGCCUUGGACUGCAGCUCCGGGACGGAAGGGGGGGUGGGCUGACCGCCCGAGCCCCCUCUGGGCCCAGGCCCCAUGCCCCGAGGAGAGGCGGCCUGAAGCCCGCCAGACUGUCUGCCUGCGCUUCUGACUGUGGCCGCCUGGCAUGGCCAGCAACAGCAGCUCCUGCCCAACACCUGGGGGAGGGCACCUCAAUGGGUACCCGGUGCCCCCCUACGCCUUCUUCUUCCCCCCCAUGCUGGGUGGACUCUCCCCGCCAGGCGCUCUGACCACUCUCCAGCACCAGCUUCCAGUGAGCGGCUAUAGCACGCCAUCCCCAGCCACCAUUGAGACCCAGAGCAGCAGUUCUGAAGAGAUCGUGCCCAGCCCCCCCUCACCACCUCCCCUCCCCCGCAUCUACAAGCCUUGCUUUGUCUGUCAAGACAAAUCCUCCGGCUACCACUAUGGGGUCAGCGCCUGUGAAGGCUGCAAGGGCUUCUUCCGCCGCAGCAUCCAGAAGAACAUGGUGUACACGUGUCACCGGGACAAGAACUGCAUCAUCAACAAGGUGACCCGGAACCGUUGCCAGUACUGCCGGCUGCAGAAGUGCUUCGAAGUGGGCAUGUCCAAGGAGUCCGUGAGAAAUGACCGGAACAAGAAGAAGAAGGAGGUGCCCAAGCCCGAGUGCUCCGAGAGCUACACGUUGACGCCGGAGGUGGGGGAGCUCAUCGAGAAGGUGCGCAAAGCGCAUCAGGAGACCUUCCCUGCUCUCUGCCAACUGGGCAAAUACACUACGAACAACAGCUCAGAACAGCGUGUCUCUCUGGACAUUGACCUCUGGGACAAGUUCAGUGAACUCUCCACCAAAUGCAUCAUUAAGACUGUGGAGUUCGCCAAGCAACUGCCCGGCUUCACCACCCUCACCAUUGCGGACCAGAUCACCCUCCUCAAGGCUGCCUGCCUGGAUAUCCUGAUCCUGAGGAUCUGCACGAGGUACACGCCCGAGCAGGACACAAUGACUUUCUCGGACGGGCUGACCCUGAACCGGACCCAGAUGCACAACGCCGGCUUUGGCCCACUCACGGACCUGGUCUUCGCCUUCGCCAACCAGCUGCUGCCCCUGGAGAUGGAUGACGCUGAGACUGGGUUGCUCAGCGCCAUCUGCCUCAUCUGUGGAGACCGGCAGGACCUGGAGCAGCCAGACAGGGUGGACAUGCUGCAGGAGCCGCUGCUUGAGGCACUGAAGGUCUAUGUGCGGAAACGGAGGCCCAGCCGCCCACACAUGUUCCCCAAGAUGCUGAUGAAGAUCACAGACCUGCGGAGCAUCAGUGCUAAGGGGGCUGAGCGGGUGAUCACGCUGAAGAUGGAGAUCCCGGGCUCUAUGCCACCUCUCAUCCAGGAAAUGCUGGAGAACUCAGAGGGCCUGGACACUCUGAGCGGACAAGCGGGGAGUGGGGGUCGGGACGGGGGUGGCCUGGCUCCCCCGCCCGGCAGCUGUAGCCCCAGCCUCAGCCCCAGCUCAAACAGAAGCAGCCCGGCCACCCACUCCCCGUGACUGCCCUUGCCCCAUGGACACAGCCCUCACCCCGUGCCCUGGCUUUUCUCUGCCUUUCUACCAACCAUGCAACCCCCACCAGCCCUGCGCCCCACCUGCCCUCCCUUGCCCGGGGGGCUGGAGGGAGGAGGUGGCGGCGACUCUUCGGACAGAGGCCCGGGCCUGCGAUGGACUGCCCGCUCUUGGAGCCUGGGCUGACGUCAGGGCUGUGGCCAUGGACUGAGUGAGGACCCCUGGUCCCGGGCCUCAGGAUGGGGCCUGGGGGCUUUGUGUUCAUCAAGACACCCUUCUGCCCACCUCGCCACAUCUUCAUCACCAGCAAACGCCAGGACCUGGCUCCCCCAUCCUCAGAACUUGCAAGCCAUUGCCCCCCGGUUGGGGAACCCCCCCUGCCUCGGUUGGUGACAGAGGGGGUGGGCCGGGGUGGGGGGAUCCCCUGUACAUACUCUGCCAUACCAACCCCCAGGUAUUAAUUCUCGCUGGUUUUGUUUUUAUUUUAAUUUUUUUUUUCUGGUUUUGAUUUUUUUAAAUAAGAAUUUUCAUUUUAAGCACAUUUAUACUGAAGUGUGCUGUGUAUUGGGGGGAGCUGGAUUCAGAGCUGGAGGGGGGGAUGGGCCCUGGGGGAGGGGAGUGGCUUGAAAGGGGCUUCCCCUGUCUCUCCAAGUCCCUGUGCCCCCCAAGGCCCCCUCCCCAGCCAUUUCCUCCUCAGUUUUCUCUUUAAAACUGUGAAGUACUAACUUUCCAAGGCCUGCCCUCUCCUCUCUCUCUCUGCCUAACCACUGGGCAAGGACAGUUUCCUGGCAACCCCUGGGAGGAGUGGCUCACCCCCGGGAUGGGCCUGGGGGCAGAGCACCGGGGCCUCAGGACCUCCAGGCGUGUGUCUAUCCGCCCUGUGUCCUCUGCUUCCCCAUCAGAGCCCACGUCAUCGAAGCCCUCCAGCGCUCCCCUUCCCAUGAAGGGGCUGGCCAGGGCGUCUGAGCUCCCCUGCCCUCCAGCCUCAUGGCCACCAGCACUGCCCACAGGGCCCCCGGACACACACAGACACACCCACACACACACACAGUGGACAGACAGGCCGACAGACACAUGGCCUGAGUUCCUCCAUUUCCCUGACCUGCCACCUCACCCCACACCCGUGCCCCCUCCUUGCCCCGCAGGACGGGCCUACAGGGGGUCCCCUCACGUCACCCCUGCUCCCCUGGGGCUGGGGGAGCUGGCUCUGCCCUGCCCUCCUUGCCCUGGGGUUGGGGGUCUCAUCCCCCUCAGAGCCCGCUGGUGCACCUGUUACUGUUGGACUUGCCACUGAGAUCUACUGGAUAAAGAAUAAAGUUAUAUUUAUUCUA